AUGUCGUUUGCUGGCAACUGGAACGCUGGCCCACAGUCGCUCUGCCGGCGCCUCUCCUCCGCAUGUGUCCUCGUGAACGCCCUGUCCACCCUGCACCCGAGGGCCAGCCAGCAGCGUCCGGCUGUCGUUGAAAACCGGGUGCGAACCGUUGCCGCACUCGAUCGAGAGCGGCGCGCAUCACGGGCUUCCAUGUCCGUCAGUGCCUCUUCCGCCGGCGAUCGGACUCUCCCCAACGCCACCGCGGGCGGCCACUCAAGCCAUUUUCCGUGGGUUGGGCCGCGUUUUGUGCACCGGAAUAGACUGCCUGCACCGGGAAAAGUCGCAGCGCGACAAAGGCGGGCUGACCCUGCUGUCGAGCUGAACACCGAUCCGCCUCACCGCGGUGUGUGGCCCGGCCCGGCAUUGACUUCAGCGAGGUGGGUGACGGGAACAGUAGCAGCCUGGCGUCAUCUGGGGCGCCUCAGGCGGCAACGAAGCAGGGAGCCUCGACCAUUCAGCCAGUCACGUGAUAUAGUCGUACCUCCUUUUGGGGGGUACGAAGGUACUUCGGAUUAA